GACCAGCCAGCAACUCACCUAUGCGAUCAACAACGAUGAACGUGAAAAGCUUAAAUAAUUGAACCUAAAGGUAUUGUCGAGAAUCCGCUGAAAAAGAACUCGCCGACCUUGCUUAUUCUUGCAUGAGCUCCCACGACAAGAUGUUCUCUUAUUUACGACCUCACCGGCGCAUUGCAUCGACUCCUUCAUCCCCGAUUCCAGAAGUGCCUAGUUUUGAACCGCCAGCGCGUCCAGACCAUGGCCAUCCUCCACGACCUCAUGAUGCUAGAUUCGACGACGAAUCGUCGCCAAUCUCCUCUCCUCCCUUCUUACCUCCAGUCGCGCGAGUUUCGAGCGCGGGGUACGGAAAUACAUUUGAGAAUUUGAGUUUUACUGGGAAGACUACUUCGCAUGGCCAUGAUCCAAGAGGGCAGAGCUGGGGAGAUGCGAAACUUAAUAAUGGACAGAAAGGAGGCUCGGAGUUAGGAAGCAGCCAGAAAUCGCCAUUAUCUGCGAGCAAUCAAAGGCCUGAAUCUGCGGAAAAUGCAGGACCGGUGCCAACCAGAAAUGCUGGAUCUGAUCAUUCUAGAUCACAAUCCAACGCCGUUUACGAUUCGAAUACAAAAAAGUUUUUUGGGCCGAUGACUCCAGAUCUAGAUAUCAAAUCAACUGGGAGACGACCUACGGGUGCUCGAAUCCCUUCUCCAACCCUCGAAGCGCCUCCCACACAAUCAUCUAAAGGAAGGCUAAAGAUGUUAAACCCCAUGGCUCUCCUGGCCCGACGAAGAACUUCCCAGGCGAUAACUCAACUAACACCGGAGUCACUGACGACAAACUUUAAUUCGAAUGAUAGCUUCGAUCCUCGAAUUAAAGGUACGGUUGUUCACGACUUUAGUGUUCCGAGGGGACCACGACGGAACGUCUCUCAUAAUGAUGUCAGUACAGCAGAUGGGACCAGGCCGUUUCAAAGGAGUCCUUAUGCGGAUUCAGCAACAAGCGAGAAAGCAGGAAAUCACACACCAGUAUUCACGGAGAAUUUUGAAGAGGAGCAAUAUCCCGCCGCUGGUCCUCAUGUACGGAAGGCUAAUGACUUAUCUGAUCUCACUGCACCCAAGCCUAUGUAUGCGCGAGAAACGCAAAGACCAGUUGAUCAAAGUGCGGCGUCUAAAGGAAAUGAUGAGUUGCAAGCUGGGGAUCUAAAGAGGUUGAGCGCACAAAGGUUUUCCUCGGAUGCUGGACCUCCAGUAUUACCCAAAGCCGAAACUCCUGCCCCAGUUGAACCGAAACGUAUAUCAAUUGACCCGGCAUCAACUCCACCUAAACCACGUCCGUCGUCGAAAAAUGGUGGUCGAGCACGAAAUGUAUCUGACGUUUCGGCAAAGGACAUUCCAAAACAUAUGAAGAGUACAUCUUCGAGGUUCAGUUUCGAUAUGAUAGGAGCUGCCGAACAGGAACGCCUCCUGGAAGAUAGACAUCGCCAGAAGGCAUUGGAGAAGAAGAAUACGUUGGACAGUAACGACGAUCAACAGAUUUAUGAUGAGGAUGACGACUUUAAUUAUGAUGAUAUGAUGGAUGAUGAUGGGCUGGAGGAGAGAAUACCGGGUGUCAACGCUGAUUAUGACGAAGAGGAUGCUUUUGCAGGAUUCGAUGGUGGAUAUGAGGAAGAAAUACCAGGUAUCAACACUACUAGCUUGGAAGAGAUAGAAGAAAUGGAAGAGCAGCAAGAAAUGGAAAAAACCGCGCCCGUUAAAAAUGAAGCCCAGCCAGGUCUACUGGAUGGAAGUGUUGCAGGCUUUACUUUUCAGCCACACGUACCUAGUCCUAUGAGUCCGUACACUCCUGGAGCUGCGACGACACCUCGAGAUUCUAGUGGGCAAGUUAUUGGUUUCGCUAUGACGAAAUACUCGCCUUGUCUUACAUCGGAUCCUCCUAAUUCUGUCUUCACGCCAGUUUCCCCAGAUGGCAACUUGGUCCUCCCAGACAAGCAGCUGCCUGAAGGGAAAUCAAUCUCAGGAUCAAAUUCUCAGGGCCUUGGUAUAGUCACUGAGGUUCCAAAUGAAUCACAGGAGGAAGUCACCCACCAACAAAGCUCUAAGUCAACGUCAUUCCCUUACGUUGCAGGACUUGAUGACGAUGACCUAUACUUUGAUGAUGGCAUGAUUGGUCUGGAGGGAGAAGGUGAUGAGAACAGAGAUGCUGUUGUUUUUGACGAGUCUUUAUUUGACAACAACGAUACGGAUGAAUAUGGACGCCCAAUAAAAGAUCAAUUUAUGGCUGCACAAAGGUCUAAUGUCGGCCCGACCAAUGUUGCAGGCACAGUAGAGGAAGCUAAAGAGGACACACUAUCACCACUGUCUCCAGCGACCAAUCGCCCAGUUGGAGGUUUAGCACCACAACCAUCUUUUUCUGAAAAUAGAACUUCAGAUGCCGCUCCAAUUCAACUAAUGACUCAGUCCUUAACGCAAGAUAAGCUUGCUGAAUAUCAGGCGUCCCUCGCAGCGGCUGCUUUCAGUGCAGCUGCUAGUGGCAAGUUCCGACGCGACAGCACACAAAGUCUAUUUCACAUCGAUUCGGAUCGCGAAGAAAAUCAACCUGGUUUGGUUACCGAUUCUGGCCAUACUUCUUCCCAGUAUGAACAUCUAUCCCCGUCUUACGAUGAUGAUUUUGAUUAUGACGAUGCAUUAGAGGAUGAUGAAUUCAUCGCUGCUGCUAAUGCAGAAGCGCUUGCAAACGACCAGGAUGGGUUUUAUGGUCAAGAAUUUGGGUUUUACUCACACCCUGCGGCUAGCUCUGCAGAGUACGUAAAUGGUGGAUAUUUUGGUCCAAGGGGAAUGGAUGGGAUAAUAAGAAGUCAAAGCGGCAGAAUUGCGUCUCGAGAACCCAAUCUCACACCUAUCACUGAGCGCUCGGAAUAUUCAAAUCGUAAUUCUUUCAUGUCGAUUUCACAUCUCCAUGCGCCGUCAGGCAGCUCUCCCAUAGUUAGUCCGGGCUUGGCACAGUUGAUGAUUGCGGAAAGUUAUGAGAAGGGCUCGGACAUGAGCAUGGAAGCAUUGUUGAAGUUGAGAAGUCGUGCAUGGGGAGGGAGUCAAGCUAGUGUGAAAAGUUCGGGUAGUAAUGGAAAUGGAAAUGGAAAUGCUAGUCCGAAGAGUGUUGACGGGAGCGGUAGUCCAGUGGCUACAGGACCGCUUGUACAAUCGCUUUGGAGUCGCAGGAAGAGUAGCGCAUUUGGUCUUGUAAAUGAGGCGAUAGAGAGUGGGAUUGGCGAUGCGGGGAAUUUGAAUACUAAUCAAUCGUCACCUGAAUUGGAACAAGGGAAACCCGCAGUGAGAGAUGUAUCAUCAGAGAAUGAACAUGAAGGGGAUGCUGAAAAGGUUCGGAGACCAUCAUUUACCAAGCAACAUAAAUCUACAACAAGCGCGGAGUCGAUUAGCUAUAUGAAAGAGGACGAUCCUAUCAAAGGUGAAAGAUGGGUUCUGGAAAGGAGGAGAACAGCGGAUAGUGGAGAGGUGGAAGUAUUAGGUAGGGAGGUUCUGAGUGGUGGUGCGAUUUAAGCUACUUGGCAAUGUCAGUAUCGGCUUUGCUCUGCUCUGCUCUUGCAUAUAUUUGGCGGCUAGCGUUCAUAUUUUUUCUAUUUUUUUGGUGGGAGCCAGGGAGGCUGGAAAGUUUAGAGAGGCA